GCGCAUUGUCAAAGACUACGCUGUUCUUACUUCCUGACUUUGGGAGGUCACGCCAAAGGAAUUCUUCUACGCCGAUUUCCUUCACAGGGCGAUCUCAUCAAGGACCUUUUCAAACCACGAACCGAAGACCUCCCUACACGAGCAAAGAAAUAUUUUGUGUUUACCGCCACAGCUACUUGUUUCAAUGAUGUGUGACCCCAGCCAAGAUGGGAAUUGGGAAUCGGACUCCACAAUUGAUUACUCUAAGAUAAACAAUCGUCUGGAAUCUUUCUACAACUCCAGCUGGAGCAAGAAGGUGUCACCGCUGCAACUGGCUGAAGCUGGCUUCCUCUUCACUGGAGUCUCUGACCGCGUACGCUGCUUCAGUUGCCAGAAAACGGUAGAAAACUGGUCCCAGGAAGAUCAACCAGUGGACAGACACAUACAGGUUUCCCCAUCGUGCACGUUUCUCCGCUGCACACACUUCAACCGUUUUAAGUCAAAUCCCCAUAUGCCCCUCAGCAAUGGGGGCCUUCAUGAUGGAACUGAAGGAUAUAUAGAUUACCAGUUGAGAACAAGAGCCAUUGUUGAUGAGACUCCAUAUCCACGGAACCGGAAUAUGAAAAGCGAAGAAGCCCGCCUGGAAACUUUCUCUUCGUGGCCGCGUUCUGCUCCAGUCAGACCUCGAGAUUUGGCUCAGGCAGGUUUGUUCUACUUAGGAAAGGAGGAUAAAGUGGAGUGUUUCAGUUGUGGAGGCAAGCUAAGUGGCUGGAAACCUGGGGACACCCCCUGGAACGAGCAUGAAAAACAUUUUUCCCACUGCUUCUACAUCCUUGGUCAUGACGUGGGAAAUGUGCCUCUGGAAAGAGAUGGAGGAGAAAAUGAAGAGACUGGCAGCAGAAACCAACAUCGCACACCUGUCAAUUUGGAAAAUCUUGACGAGCGACUCGGCACUUUUGCACGCGUCCAGCACCCGAUUGACCACGAGCUGCUUGCUAAAGCUGGCUUCUACAGCAAAGGAGAAGGAGACGAAGUGAUCUGUUUCAGAUGUGGUGGUGGUUUGAAAGAUUGGGACCCUGAGGACAAUCCUUGGGAAGAACAUGCCAAAUAUUAUCCUGGAUGCAGCUUUCUUUUAUCAGAAAAAGGCCAAGAGUUUGUUAAUACAAUUCAGCUACAAGAACCUAAAUACUCACAACAGGCUUCAGAACAUCAAAAUGGAUUUUUUGAAGAGGAGAAAGUUGAGAACCCUCUAGAGGAGCUGGAGAAGCUGCGGCAGGAAAAGCGCUGUAAAAUCUGCCUAGACGAGAACGCGUGCAUCGUCUUCAUCCCAUGUGGACAUCUGGCCAGCUGCAAGGCGUGUUCCAAUAAGCUCAACCAGUGUCCCAUCUGCUGUGCAGCUAUAGCACAGAAAAUCCGGACCUUCAUCGCUUAGGAAACCAAAGACUCUUGUCUAACAUGGUUGCUGCUAUUCUUUCAAUGGAGACGUAUUUUUUAAGUGGGUGUCUGUGAAGAAAUGGCUUUUUGUGAGCAUGUAGGUGGAAAAAACAAAGAGUAAUACAACUAAAGGUUUGUCUAAACCAGGUUUGCAAGAACUUACAUAUAACAGCCGUUUUCUUCACAGCAAGAAAACACGAAAAUUUGUUUGUUUGUAGUGAUGAAACAUUCACAAAACAUCAAUAUCUGCAUUUCUUCAUCCAACUUGAAGAUUUUUAGGGUUUAAGUUGUUUUUAAACAUAAAAAGUGCUUUUUCUUCAGACUCGGAAUAAAAACUAUUCCCCGUGCUCCAAGAUCUGGAAUUCAUUCAUUGUUUUUUUUACACAAAUCUCCACUUAAAAAAAGGAAAAUUCCAUUAGUGACUAUGUAAUAUAACGCUAUAUUCAUCAAACAUGCACUAUAAUAUAUGUAAAGAUAGUUGAUGUUGCAGAAUUAGAGAUGUAUCUGAAUAAUAUUUUUUCAGUAGUUUGGGGGAUAAAGGAUUAUUCUAUCCAGGUGAUUUUGUUAGAAGCAAUAAUUUUUUCUUAUUAUUGUUUAAAAUGUAACGUUUUCAUUUGUUUUCUGUUUCUAUCUAUGCAUUUAUUUAAACUUUAAAGCUUUGAAAUUGUCUUAUUUUAGUUUUCUGUUCCCAAGCAUAUAUUUAGUUUUUAAACUUUGAUUUAUUUUCUUUAUUUGUCAAAGAUAUUUUAAUGCAUAAAGGCAAAAUUUUAAAAACACUACUAAUAAAGACUCUUCCAGUGUGGUGAGAUGUUUCACACGUCA